AUGACUGCCCCGACAUUCUGGGCAUUGGCUCUACUUUCUUGUGCCACACUUUGCUACCCGGCAGAAGGAGCGCGCUUGUCGGCCAAGCUCAACAUACACUCCGAAUGGCCAGUGUUUCAGGUCAUGGUCAAGGGGACAACCGCGAAAGGUUUUGCAAAUCUUUCCGAUCCAGUCCGUGAAAGUGUAAGAGGCAUCUUGGGAGACGUUUAUGGAGCUGCACCGGUCGUUGAGGGCCUUGCGCAAGCAGGGAAGCUCUUGCAGCUGGCUAAUGCCAGCGCGCAAUAUCAGCCUUGUGCUCCAGAAAUUCAGGAAGUGGCUGAGUCCUUUCAGCGAGUCCUCAACCAAAUGAUUGUCCUGCACCAAGAGGCUGUGGCGAUUUCCAUGAAAGGUUUGAGAUCUUAUUACAUAGCCCUCAACAUCUUUGAAGAUCAAUUUGACUGGCACGACGGGAAGUUUGACCCGAAGUAUGACUUUGAGCGAAAGGGAGUCUAUUCAACCAUGAUCUUUGAGAGCCUCAAGGGCUGUGUAGACUUGGCCCAAGAGCUUCUGCUCAAUGCAACGGCAAUGCAAAAGAAACUUGAGCUCCUUGUCCCCAAGGCUCUCAAAGCAACGAGGGCAGCAAAUGAUGCCUUUGCCGACCAAGCGAGGAUCAAAGCCGCGGAAAAAAAAGCGGCCGAGGCGGCCAAGCAGGGCAAAGCUGUGGAGAUGCCGCAGGGAGACAAAGCGGAAGUGCAGCGGCAAAUGAAGGUGCUUGAGCCGCUGAUUCAGGACAUGGCCAGAGUGAAAACCUCCUUUCAUCACGCCCUGAACUUUUGGAAGUUUGCGGGAAACCAUGCGGAUUACUUGAAGUCGGCCCACACGUUGGAACCAGGUUUUUUCGAUCUUUUCCACUCAAAGAUCGAUGGUGAUAAACUGAAAUAUGACAUGCUGAACUGGUUUGCUCUUGGCAGAGUCAACUACCUCGCGCUACAAAGCUUCAUGGUCCCAGAUGUGGUUCAGCAAACCGAGCGCUUGAUCUCAGACGAAGGUCUUCGCCCGCUAGAGAUGCCUCCAAGAACGACUGAUUGGUCUGAUUGA